AUGGUGUUGAGGAACCACAGCACAAUCACUGACUUCAUUCUGCUUGGACUGUCUGAUGACCCUCAUGUUCAGCCUCUAUUCUUCAUGCUAUUUCUGGCGAUUUAUCUCCUGACCAUAAUGGGGAACCUCAUGAUGCUACUGGUGAUCUGGGCAGACUCCCACCUCCACACCUCUAUGUAUUUCUUUCUGAGUCACCUCUCUUUUCUGGAUCUUUGUGUUUCUUCAGUCACUGUGCCUAAGCUACUGGAGAAUCUCCUCUCAAAGACAAAAACCAUCUCAGUAAGGAGCUGUGUGGCUCAAAGCUUCUUUGUGUUUCUCACUGGAGGGACUGAGGCCUUUCUGCUUUCAGUGAUGGCCUAUGACCGCUAUGCUGCCAUCUGCCACCCUCUGCACUAUGGACAGAUCAUGAGUAAACAGCUGUGUAUGCAACUUGUGUGGGGUUCCUGGACCUUGGGUUUUCUGGAUGCACUCAUCAAUAGCCUGCUAACUUUAAACCUGGUGUUCUGUGACAGCCCAAUCAUCCAUCACUUCAGCUGUGAGCUACCCACUAUCCUUGCUCUAUCCUGCUCUGAUAUUUCCAGGAACACCAUUGUUUUGCUUUGUUCCAGUUUCUUUCAUGCACUGUCAACCUUAUUAAUGAUUUUUAUUUCAUACAGCCUCAUUAUCUCCACCAUUCUGAGCAUCAGUUCUACUUCAGGCAGUAGCAAGGUCUUCUCUACCUGCUCCUCCCACCUUACUGCAGUGAGCUUAUUCUAUGGUUCAGCUUUUCUACGCUACCUCAUACCAACCUCAAGCUCAUCCCUGCAGCUGAUUUUCUCUGUGCAGUACAGUGUGAUCACUCCCAUGCUGAAUCCCCUCAUCUAUAGCCUGAAAAACAAUGAUGUAAAGGCAGCUCUGAGAAGAACUUUUGGAAAGCAUUUGCAACAUAUCAGAGGCUGA